AUGUCUUUUGCUGCGGUCAGUUUUCUCAAGCGCGAGAUUGAGGAUCUUCUAACCUCUCAUGGGAAUUCGCUUGCUGCUCCAUCUCGGGAAAUCUUGCAAUUUGCAAUCAAAGAAAUGGAUUCCUUGCAACAAAUCACCAAAAGAUUAAUACCUUGGAGCAGAGCAGAUACUACAUUCAGAUAUGAAGUAUCUAGGUUAAAUAAUGAGGUCAAACAAAUUGCCGAACAAUCUGAAGAGCAGAUUAUACAGAAAAUAAAUCAAGGAUUGGUUCAAUUGAAAUCGAUGGGGGAGAAAUACGUCCAACAAUUGUACAACUCUUCGCCCAAGGACGAUGAAGAAGAUGAAGGUGACGUUCAUUGCGGUGAAAAGAUGGUUGGAUUAGUUUACGAGUUCAAUAAACUCAAGCAUAGGCUCCGAAUCAGUUGGUUGAAGAGCACGCAGGUAACUGCCCUAGUUGGGAUGCCUGGCAUCGGCAAAACUACUCUUGCUAGGACGCUUCUCGAAGAUCCGAAAACGGAGGAACACUUCGACUGUCGUGUGUGGCUGAAAGUAGGCAAAGAAAGCCGAUUCAAGGAGAUUCCAAGGCGAAUUCUGGCAGAGUUGAAUGGUGAGACCGUUGUGGAAGGAGAUGAAGAUGCAAUAGCUAUGCGGUUGAAAGAGAGUUUGAAGGAUAAGAGAUACCUCAUUGUGCUGGAUGAUGUCUGGGACAGAUACAUGAUGUAUCACCUGCAUCCUCCGUUCCACACGAGAGAAAUGAAACUGAAAAGUGCUCUACACGACGAGACUAAUGGAAGCCAGGUCGUCUUUACGACAAGGCUGCAGCAGUUGGAUGAUUAUGGUGCUAGGCAUUCGAAAGAUGUGAUGAUGGUGAGAUUUUUGAAUGAGGAAGAAGUUGGGAUCUUCUCAGUUGGGAAGAAAAUCGCGAAGAAAUGUGAUGGAUUACCUCUCAUGAUUGUCGCGGUUGCUAACCUGUUAGCCAAAGAGGAGAGGACUGUGGAAUGCUGGGGUGAGAUUGCAGCUCAUAAGAAUCAUCCUAUUUUCAUGGAUGCAUAUCAUGAUAUAUCAAAGGUGUUACUUCCGAGUUACAAGUACUUACCUCGCCUUCUGCAAAUGUGUUUUCUCUACAUGGGAGUUUCCCUCGGAAUGAUCACGUAUCACGAUCCAAGCUCAUGA